AUGUCUUAUCGCAGUUUUUUAGGUGUGACUGUGCACUUUAUAGAAGACAGAAAAAUAACUUCGGUUGCUAUUGAUGUACAAGAACUAUCAGAACGUCACACCUCUGAUUAUAUAUCUACCCAGCUUCCAGAAAUUUUAAAUAGGUGGAAAAUUGAUUUUGAAAAAGUGGAAGCUGUGGUUACAGAUGGUGGUACCAAUAUGUUGAAGGCAAUUAGUGAUAGCUUUGGAAAGAUCAAACAUGUUCCCUGCUUUGCUCAUCUAGUAAUUUUAGUUGUCGAGCAUUCUUUAGAUAAUGAGGAGACUAAGCCCUUAUUAAAUAAAGUACAAUCAAUUGUUAAAUGGGCAAAAAACAGUGUAAUUGUUAGUGAUGAACUGAGGAAACGCCAACUAAAUAAGGGAAUUGCUAGUGGCAACUUAAAAAAAUUAACUUUAGACAUUAGCACUAGGUGGAAUUCUGUGUUUUAUAUGCUCGAGAGACCUUUGGAGUAUAUUACGAGAGAAGCCUCUGAAGAAGAGUAUAUUACAAUAUCGAAGGUCAUUCCAAUGUUGGCAUGUCCUUCAAAUCAGCUUGAUAUGAUUAAUUUAGAUUUGCCACUAGCAAAUAACAAAGUCAAAAUUUAA